AUGUAUUAUCGGAGAUCCUCCACUGGCUCUAACGUUCCAUUUGGCGCGCUCAGCCAGCGGAGGUUACUGGCACUCCCAGGCGUCAAAAGUGACAUAACAUUUACUCAGAAUGCCUUUUUCAGCACGAAAUAUGAAGGAGUCCGAGCACCACAGCCUUACAACUCGUCCAAUCUUGACGCUCUCAUGCAUACGGCUAUUUCCCAGGUUCACUCACCUGCCAUUAAGUCACUGAUUAGUUAUGUGGUACAGUUCCAAAUUCUGAAGUCAAUGUGCCCAGCUGGAACAGUGCUGAGCGAAGGAUGUAUUCUCUCUGAAGUCACCACAGAGAAGCUUCGUGAGGUUAUGAAGAAGGGAUCGUCUAUCACUUGGUUACAAGCACUGGAACAGCUCACUGGAUCCAAGCAGCUUGAUGCUUCACCUCUACUGGAGUACUACGAGCCACUGGCUAACUGGCUAAGGAACACCAAUGAGGUUGACCAGACCGUUCUAGGCUGGGAUGGUGAUGGCAGUGCUUUCACAGCUGAAGAGAUUCCGAAGCCGAGAGCUGGUAUGGACGGCGGUAGCGGAAUCCUUAGCGAAGAUCGCGUUGCUUUCCCUGGAGGUCUGUGUGCAAAUGGGCAAGAGUGCCUUUUGGAUUCGCACUGUAACGGUACUAUCUGCAUAUGCAAUGAUGGCCUGUACACGCUGGAAAUCGGUACAACAGUGAACUGUGUCCCAGGAAAUCCGGCUGAUAGCGGCUUCGGUGAUGGAAAGGUGAGGGUAUUCUCUUUGGUUGUUUUUUCUAAGCUUUCUUAG